AUGGCUUCUGGCGGGUUGUCUUCUCCCAGAGCAUCAUACAUUCUUGCGGAAUUAGAAGAUGUUGAUAAUGUUUUUGCACCCAUAAGAACUGCUAGCCGAGUGAAGUUCACGUGUUUUGAUGUAUCACGUCAUUAUGUUGUGUUUGGUACUACUGCUGGUGGUGUUGUGAUUCUGCAACAUGACAGUUUAAACUAUUUAAAAACAUUAGCAGCUAAAGAAGGACCAGUGUGCCAAAUCGCAUUAGCUCCAGAUGAAAAUAUCAUUGGCUUUGCAACUAUUCGAGGAGUUGCUCUUGUCAUGGAACAUAAUUCUGAAAGAGGUGCAGCUCAGCCUCAGAGAUUACAGCUUUCAUUUGAGCAUAGAGGUUCACUAGUAACUUGUUUGCAAUGGAAUGUAUCAUCUUCAAAAUUAUUUGUUGGUGAUGACAAAGGAAAAGUUUCUGUCAUCAAUGUUUCCACAUCAAGGACACGGAACAUAUUUCAAGUUCCAACCACAACUUUAAUGAAAUUAGAUUCAAAAGUUGUUCAAUUGGAUUUUGCUCAGGAUCAUCUACUUGUAUCAACUUUAACUAGAUGUUACCUAUGUGAUACUAAUAAAGAGCAGUAUUUAACAAUUGGAAAGAAGUUGAGAGAUGGAGAAUAUGGAGCAUGUUUCUAUCCCGGUUCAAGAUCAGUUGAUCCUUGUACCAUUUAUUCUGCUCGUCCUGGAUCCAGAUUGUGGGAGGUUGAUAUUAAAGGAAGUGUGUGUUGUACUCAUCAAUUCAAAACAGCUUUAGCCAUAAAGCCGGAGAAAUUAUACACAUUUAGACAUGAAGUCAGUAUGGAUGAAACUGCAGUAGAAGAGGCAAAGCCACAAGCAACAAAUUUUCAAAAGUUGCUUUUAAUAUGGCCCAGCACCGAAGAUUCUCCUUUCAUAUUUGCAUGGAGCCAACAAGGAGCAUUUGUCUUUGAUCCCAAGCGAGCUGAAGUUAUUUUAUGGAGUGAUGAUAUCAAAGGUAUCAAAGAAGCAAAGUGCCAUCGAGGAGAUAUUUUCAUUUUCUAUUUGAACAACAAAUUUGAAAAAUAUACUUUGAUGACUGUCGAACAGGGUGUUUGUCGAUUGUAUCAGCAAGGUUUAGCCAUUCAUGGAGCACAAUUAUUAUUACUAAAAAAAUCAUCUCUUUGUUUAUCUAGAUUAAAUCUUCAUGUUCCUGCUUCAUUUAUGCUUGAUAUGCUACAAAAAGCCUCUGAAAUGGGGAAAUCAUACUUAUUUUCUGGUCUUUCAUCUGUUUUGAAUAGUUUAGGUCUUAGCCCAGAUAAAUUGUCUCAAUCCAGUCGCUCAAGUUCAGCAAUGUCUGAACCAGUACGACUCAAUUCUGGUAUAUACGUUGUUAAUAAAUUAAUCCGAGAAGCUGAUGAUGAUGCACCAUCUUCUGUAUGCCUUAGUCGUUGGCGUUCUGCUUCUCCAGUGUUCAGGAAUAGCAGUCGUUCUCCACAUUCAAGCCCUUCAAGAUCUAGUGAUCGAGCAUCCUUCAGUCCUAAAAGUCAAAGAUCAGCUGCAACUUUAAAAGAUUCUAACGCUAAAACACGAACUUCAAGCAUCAUUCAAACUCCUGAUAGCACUGAUUCCGGAACAUCAGGCCGAGUGUCAGAAAUGAGUGAUGAAACUCAGAGUAGUCCUUCAAGCAAAGAUAUGCACAAUAAAUCAAGUUGGCAGUCUUGGACUCACCCUCAAGACAGUAGAAAUGAAAAUGAACUUAAUUCUCAAGAAAUCAAAUUGAAUGGCGAAAACAUGCUCAUUUCUACUCAGAGUAAUAGCAUAACCAAUUAUGAAUCUAGCACGGAUAUUCUGAAAAAUCAGAUGAAUGGUUGUACUGAAGCAAGCACUUCCUGCACUAAUGGGGAUGAAUUUAAUAAUAAUGGUUUUAAUGUGAAUCCAAGUAUUAGUUUAAACUUACAAGAUUUGUCAAAACAAAGUAAUUCCAAUGAGAAGAGAGUUUCUUUCCAGAAUAAAGUUUCAACAACAGAUGAUAAUUUAGCUUCAUCCAAAAAUGGUAGAGAAUCCCUGGCUGAUAUGAAUAACCAUGCUGGUGUUACUUAUUCCCCCCAGUAUGAAUAUCAUGAAAAUUUGUUAGACGAAUAUAGAUAUUCAAGUUAUUCUUUAUAUGGUUCAAUGAUGAUGAUGCCAAAUUUGGACAUGUCAGUGCUAUUUGGAUCUGAAGCUGAUUUUCAAAAUAUAAAAGAAAGUCUUGCCAACAAGAUAUCAUCUGGGAAAAACAUUAUAAUGAAAAAUUUGCGUGGAUUGGAACAGCGUAUAAUGCAAGAUUCAAAGCCUGAAUUAUUAGAUGUGAAAACGAAACAAAAUGAAACAGGUCAUAGUGCUUCUCCUGUUUCACAAUCAGAUGCAGACUAUGAAAAAACUUCAUCUGAAUUUCAUUCCAUUGACAGACAAUUUUGGUCUUUUUUACCUUCCAUUGAUAUAAGUAACCUUCUUGAAGCAACUAAAAAUGCCUGGUCUUUAUCCAGAGAUAUUUCUAUUAUAAGUGAUAGUAAAAGCAUUUCCAUUAUAUUAGAAAAUUGGGUGAAUUCUUUGCAUUCUGCUCAAAUUGCUGUGAUACAGGCUGUACAAAGUGUUCUUCAAAGCUAUCACAAUCCUAGUAGCCACUCCUAUAAAGAUGAUGACACACUCAGGAGUACAUGUAGUCAAAUUACUAGUCAGGACUCUUCGCCAAGUGAAAAUUGUGAAAUGAGUGAUCGUUUAGAUCAAGAAGAUCCAUCAGUUUCUGAAUCAAAAUCAUAUGAUGAUGAUAAACAUGCUGAAUCGAGUUCUUUGAAUGCCGAAACUUCAGAUUCUAGUACUUUAAGGACAGAAAGUAUUCUAGGAAAAUUAGUCAAUCUAGAUGAAUUUGUUUUUGUUUAUGAUCCUUUUUGUUUGUCAUACGAUGAUCACGUUAUGAUGUCUGAAUUAGCUAUGAUGUGCUUUCAGCUAGAGAUUUGGGGCAAAAUCAAUAAAGUUAAAGAAAUGCUUCUAUUUGUAUUAAAAUCAAAAGACAAAUUUGAUGAUUUACCCAAGUGCAAUGGUAAAAAAGAUCAAGAAAAUUCCGGGUGUGUAAUGAAUGGAUCAUCUGAAGUUAUUAAACAGCCACCUACUUUAAAACAAUCAGAAAGUGCACAUUCUCUUCAUAAAACAGAAGGAGUUGUGCACUCGAACAGCUUAUCUGUUCAACAGAAGAUUUUAGGUUCUCAGUCUAGUGAUCCAGGACAUCUAAAUGCAAUACCAAAUGGAGAAAUUACGGUUAUUAGUGAGGAUUCCUCAUUUGAGUACAAUAGCUCUCCAAAAUUUGACGAUUCCAAGUCUGCUUCAUUUCUUCAAAAUUAUUUUCAUCUCUUUGAUGUCCAGCGUCUUAGAGAACUGUUGAAUAUAUUAAAUAAACCUUGUAUUAAGACUUGGAAUGUGAUGCUGUCUGGAGUAUCAUUGUUUACAGGGGCCGACGAGUUCACCAAAAAACUGGCAUCUGAGCAAAUUGAAACAGCUGCAAACUGCCUUGAAAGAAGUUGUAUUGGACCCAUAUUAAUUUCUCAUCUUUUAACAGUUUUUAAAGUCAAUUCAGCCAGAGGAAUUGAUUUGUGUCUGCAACGAAGUUACCAUAUUACUCCUUUAGAUGUUUUAUAUUUAUCUAAGUCUUGUUAUGCUCAUCCUAAGCCAUUCCUUGAAUAUAUUUCCAAAGUUUUAGAUUGUCUUCCAGAAAAACAAAGGCCAAAAGUACUUGACAAAUUGUUGCAUCACACUGAAGUUAGACUAGAAUGGAUUUAUGGAGUUUUCGAUGUUGAAGAUAAAGCACCAGAAAACUUAAAGUGCACAUGUGGAUGGCCGAGGCCUGGAUCCCAUUUGUAUCCUUGGGAACAUAUGCAAUUAAUGCUGCACAUAUUAUCAGCUACAAGCGAUUUGGAUAAUAAAUUCUUUGAAUUUUGCUUCAUUAAAGGAUUCUGGCCUGGCUAUAUACUUUUAGCCAAAAAGUUAAAGUUGACUGCCAUUCAUCGAAAACUUAUCAUUCAGUUAUGUGAUAUAAAUCUUUUAAAUAUCAAUAGUUCAACAGGGUAUUUGCCAUUAGAUGAAGAAGAAUGGAAGGAAUUUUUUCGCUUAUAUUCACAAUCUUCAGUGACAAACGAUUCCAUAAAGUGCUUAUCCUGUGGAAAAUUGCUUUCCUGUUCAAUAGAGUUUUCUGCUAAGAAAGCUGAUAGUAUAAGCUGGAUCUCUUCUAUGCAGUGGGAAGCAAUAUCUCGGAUCGCCUUAACGCAUCUUGAUUCCAUCAAAGUAUUAGAAAUUUUACAGGGACUAGAAUUGCCUACUGGAGCUUUUUCAUCUGCUUUUUACAAAGCCCUUAUGAUGUCUUUUCUUAUAAACAAGCAGCAGAGUGCCUUAACCCACAGAAUUUUAACUACUAUGAGCAGCUACUUAUGGUCUCGUAAAUUGCAAUCUAUGUCCCCUGAGGCCCGUUUAGUGUUCCAGAUGGAAAAAGAAAAACCUAGUCUAUCUUCAAACUUGAAUCAAAAGGCUGAAGAUGCAGUUCCUGCUAAGUCAACGCAGUGCUAUUUAGAAGAGCCCGAGAGUCAUUGGGGUGUAAGAACGUGCUUAAGUACCACUUGCAAAAUUUGUAAAAUGCCUCUCUCUUCUCAUUUAUCUUCUUCAAAGAGUGGCUUGGUAGUUUAUAGAUGUGGUCAUUCCUAUCAUGCAGCCUGCUCAACUGAAGGAUUUUGUGCGAUUUGCCUUAACUCUCAUAUUGAUGAUGGAUAAAGAUUCUUAGUGUAAAGGGAAUGAACAAUUAAGAAUUACUUAAUUUUUUUUUCAAAAGUACAAAAAAAUUAGUCAUAUGUCAAAUCUUUUAUUUUUCUAUAAUUGCUGUUUUACUAUUAUGUUUUUCUGUAUGUUUAGCACAAAGCAGUUUUAUUUUUGCACAUUAGAUGUGUUUGCUUCAGUUUGUUUUUAAAUUUUUAAAAUAGAAGUUAUGCAUUUUUCUAUCCUCUGUCACAGGAAUGAAAAUUAUCUCCUGAAAAAAAAUGUUUUUCUAUCCACAAUUUUCGCUUAACAUUUUAAAAAAUAAGUCUAUUUUAAGAGCAAAACAAUUCUGAAAUGUUUUAAAUGGAAACCAUUGCUCAUAUGAAAUUCAUAGCUAAAUUUCAGCCAUGUUGGUGAUUGAAGAGAGUUUGAAAUUGAUUAUUUUAACUAGAAAAAUUUCCCGUUUUGGAAUUGUUUUGAUUAUUACAUAACUUGAUUGCUGAUGGUACAGCCUAUUUAUUUGAUUUUCAGGGAACAUUUUUGCGUAAUUUUAUGGAAUGAAGUAUAAAUUAAAAGAGAAAAAAUGGUUUAAAUUGUCUUUCAGUUAUACUUCAUACUUUUAUUGAUGUUUUGCCAUAUUUUUUGUUUUAAUUUGUAGAGUAAUAUAUACAUUCACAUAUACAUAUUGUUUUCAUGUUUGUUAAACUUUUAUUUAAUGUUAUGAGACUUAUAGCAAAGGUCUUUAGUUAUAUAUAAAUGUAUUUUUUAUGUAUUUUAUUGUUACUUUAUAAUGAAAGAUUUAUUUUAUUUUUGAUGCAAAAAGCAGUGCUUAAUUUGCAUAGGAACACCCAGGAGCUCAGCUUCUGUAUCUUUCAGUUUUAUGUGAAUUUUUACAUGUUAGACAAAUUCAGGCUACUUACGUACGAAAAUAAGUUCUGAAGAUUUAGGGCUAUCACAUUUCUUAGGUAUUCUUUUACAUUUCCCUUCUUGCUAAUACUGUUCUUUUAUAUUAUAACAAAAUAUAACAAAACAGUUCGCUAAUGCCUCUACUAAUUUAAACUAAUGGAAAUAAAUUUUAUGUAAAUAAAAGUACUAAUUCUAAAAAUUAAUAUAAAUUUUAACAUGUUUUUCAUUUUGCUUAUUCCAUGUAACUAAAAAAAUACCAUUUAUGGGACCUUUGUUUAUUUCUUGAGAUAGAAAAUUUUCAAAGGUUUAAAUAUAUGGAAUGUAAUUUUGAUUGAAAUUGACCUAUAUAUU